UGUGUAUCGUCUUCUUUCAAAGCGGUAUACUGUCAUACUUGUCAAAUUACUUAUAUUUUUGUUUAUAUUUUGAUUUUGCUUUCUGAGUAAUUUUGAUAUUUCUUUGAACUUUCUAGUUUCUUGGUUUUUAAGGGUUUCCAAAAUUGAGCCGACAAUGGUAAAAAAAAACCAACCCUCCACUUCAUUGGGUACAACUGAACCACCUGAAGAGUUUUCUGUGGAAAAAAUACUUGAUAAAAGAACUAGGAAUGGGAAAACCGAGUAUUUGCUAAAGUGGAAGGGAUAUAGCAACGCCGACAACACAUGGGAACCGGAAGAGAACUUGGACUGUCCAGAUUUAAUUUCCUCAUAUGAAGUCAGCUUUGAAAAAACCCUGCGCGAAAAUGAAGAGAAGAUAAAAAAAAACAUGACUGAAGAUAAUAGGGCCAGAGGAUUCGAUAGAGGCCUAGAGCCCCUAAAAAUCAUAGGAGCGACCGACGCGAGCGGCGAAUUAAUGUUUUUAAUGUUAUGGAAAAAUUGCAAAGAAGCCGAUUUAGUACCGGCGAGUCAAGUCAACGUACGUUGCCCUUCAAUCGCCAUCAGUUAUUAUGAAAACAAGGCGAUGUGGUACACCAAGGAUCCGAUAAUCGAAUUGGAUUAAUUUUAAUUUUGUAUUAAACAGGUGUGCUGUUAGUAGGGUUGUGGAUUUGACCGGUCAACUUUUUUUUGGUCAAUUGACUGGACAAUUAAAGCAAAAUUCAGUAUGCAGUGGAUGGAUCUAACUACAUUCCACAUUUAUAUAAAGACAGCAAUAAUUGUUGUAAAGAAAUUUUGCUUGUUGGGUAUUUAAUAACUAAAUUUUGGAAAUCUUGUACAGGGUAAUCAAGUGAAUGGUAUAGUUUGGUCCAUCCAGGGAUACAUUAUAUAAAUCAAUAAUAAUAAGUAGUUUAUUUUCCAAUAUCCAUGAAUAAUAUAAUUACAAUAAAUGUGAACCCUUAAAAUUAAACAAAAAAUAUCAAUCUCAGUUAUUAAUCUGAAUUAUUAUUAUGAGUGUAGUUUAGUUUAGGAGUGUAGCUAAUGGAAAAUUAGAAAUAGAUUAAAAAAAAGAAACAUCAGCUUCGGAGGAUGAAGAAAGUCGGGUAUUUUUUCACAUUUAUUAAUAAUAUUUAAAUUGUGUUUAACAUAGACCAGCUUUCCGGAGCGUGUAGUGUUCAACCUAUUUCUCAAUUUACUAUGGAGAACUUCCCAUGUUGACCAGUUCCUUUCACACGAAGCUGAAGAGGCCGGCAUUUUUAGUAACUUUAUAGCUACAUCGUGAAGUACCGAUUUCUUUUGCCAACUCUCCCACCAAGUUGAUGGAGUAAUAUCCGAUGACGUUUUACAAACUGAUUUGGUACUUUUUACUGCUAUCCAUAUUAUUCGAUUGUUAAAUUCAUUUGUUGCUGCUCUAAAAUUUGAAAUUUCUCCAAUUACGUCAACCUCAGAUUUAUUGAAGCUAAGUUGUAUUAUUAGAUUCGUAGCACGUUGCAGCUCAUCUGAGGUUAAAUUUCCUCCUUUAUACCUAGGAUCGAGUAGAUAUGCUGCAUUGUGAGUGUCGGUGCAGGCCAUAUCGAUUCUUUUUAUUACCGAUUUAGUCGUCAGUUUUUCUUCAUUUUGAAGAAAUGGAUUUUCUGAAACAAAUGCAUCAAAGUGUUCUUUCAAGAGGAACAGCUUGUGCUGGACAUCUGACAAAGUAGAUUUUCAGAGAUUGAAAAUUACCGUCCUGCUUUUCAUUUAAAAUGGCAUUGGGAAUAUGUUUUAAUUUAAAAAAUUUCACAAUCUCCUUACAAACACUAAGAUGAUCAGAGAACGUUCUAAGCGAUUCAAUAUCUUUGAGCAGUAAAUUCAGAAUGUGAGAAACAUAGCCAUACGUUUGUAGACUUGGGAAUGUUUCCUUUAAUUGGGCUCAUACAACUUGCAUAUUUGCUUCGUUGUCGGUUACCAGAGAAGUAAUUUUAUUUUCACCGAUUUCUUUAAUUACCCUUGUAAUUUCACUCAAUGUAUUGGCCUGUGUGUCUAAUUGCCUUGUGCUGUGAAAAAUCAUAGAAAAAAUCUCCAUUAUUCGUAUGCACCAUGUAGUUUAUUAAACCUUCGUUUCUAAUAUUUGUCCAGCCAUCACUCAUUAAAGUUAUAUUAUCUUCACUAUCAAGAAUAUCUUUGAUGUUGUUUUUUAUUUUGUUAAAGCACCUUUCGAGGUGUGAGGUUGCCAUAGUUUUUCUGUCAGGAAUUUUAAAAGCUGGUCGCAAUUUUCCAAAAAAGUUUUUUCCAUUUGUCUGAUUCGAACAUUGACAGGGCGCAAUUUGAAUAGUAAAAAGCUUCGCAAAAAAAUGUUUGUAACUCAGAUUGCUCAGAUUCGCUUACCGUGUCAACAAAUGAUGUUAAUUUUUGCAUUUUUCUACAAUUAAUAGGUGGCUGAGAGGAACCAGAUGAAGUACUUGGAAUUUCAUGAGGAAUUUCAUUGAUUUCUGUACGUAGCUUCUUGCUUUUCUUGGGAAAUAUUGCUUCGUCUUCAUCUUCGAAGGAUUCAUUCAAACUGGUCUUUGCCUUGUCCAUCUGAAAACAAAAUAAUAAAAUAAGACACUCGUGCGAUCGUGUCUAAUGGUGUAAUGUGUAAUUCAUAUUAUUUUCCUUAUUUUUUCAAGAAUAUUUGUACUGUACACUAUACACUAUACCCAAACCCCAAAAAUUGAUGAAAUCCUAGUCCCUCAAUCUCCAAAAACCAAAAAGUAUAGACAACUCAAAACGAAGACCUUCAUGAAAGCUAUAUUCUAAAUUUAUACCAAUAUAAUUUGAAUUUAGUGCAAAACGAUUGAUUUUCUUUCUACUUUCUAUAUAUUUUUUAAAAUAUUGGUAUUAAUACCCGGUAUUCCCAAAAAUUCCCCCACUCUGGCCUCAAAAAAGGAACUCGAAACCUUCAUACAUAAUGACAUUUUAUAAAAACAUGUUUUUUGGUUCCAUUGCAAUAUUUCUCCUUUACUUUCAUACAACAGGAAAGUAAAAAAGUAUAUGUUAAAAAUAUCAGUAAAAAGCUUUUAUCCGGAAUUUCUCUUCCCAAGAAAUAACAUUUAAUUUGUAUUGCUUACAAGUUAAUUAAAAACAUUACUCUUUUUGGGAAACUACCUAAAUAAUCAAAUACUAUUUAUAUGAUAGUAUACUUACAUAAUCUUGUCGAACUGCUUCUGGAACUGAUUUGCACUUUUUGAGUAUGUGAUUCUUCAUUCUAUCGGCAUAAGCGAUGUAAAUUGCUUCACAGUAGUUACAUUUGCCUUUCACUUUAUUUAAUUCACGAAUUUCCGUGAAACAAUUCCAAAUUUUGGUUUUGGACUUGCCCAAAUUCAUUGUAAUUACGUUGUUAGUUCACAAAAAUCCAAUAAUUAUGAGUACAGCUCGAGCUGCAAUCUCUAACGCUAGUAAAUACGAAAUACGUUUUCAGUCGUUUUGUUGCGAGUGUUGGGAUUCCCCGAAUCAGGUGUAUCGGAUUUCGUAGAAGACGGCUGUGAGUAAAUUGGACUGCUUUCAAUAAUUUAUAAAUUUUAAAAUUAAAUUAAUGUACUUACUUACAUCAUAAAACUCUAAAUAAAACAUAAAUAAAUGGUUUUUGAAUAUUUUAUAUAUUUUGACUGAAAUUGACUGGUCAAUUCACCAGUCAAUUGACCAUACCCAACUCUAGCUGUUAUAGUAAAUAAGUGCGACACACUUCAGAAGGUGAUUCCCUAUGGAAAAUACGCGUUUUUUUUGCAUACAAACGGCACAGAAGAUUAUUAGUCACAAAUUGAACGAUAAUAUCGCAAAUAACUUUUAAUUUGAAAUAUCGCAAUGGCGUACAAUUGUGAAAUAAGACGUCCCUUGUUGCUGCUAUCAAUAACAUUUUAUUAAUACCCAAUUAUAUUACAUAUAUUGUUUAAUUCACUUCCUAAUUAAUUAUUCAGCAAAAUAUAUAAUGUUAUUGGACUAGUAUAUUAUAUUACGUGGAAUAAUACCUAAUGCUUACUAAACUAUUUAAGGUUAAUAUACCCAUGGUAACAAUACAACAAAUUAUUUAGAUUGCACCAUUUCCUAUAACUAGAAUAUAAUAUAAUUUGCUUAUAAAAUAUUUUGAAGGUUAUUGAUCCUUUACACAAUUUUUCUCUUAAAAAAACUGAGAAUUUACCCGUAUGCUCACCAAUAAUAACAUUAAAUUGCUAAUAGUAUAUCAAAAAUGUUUCAAUAACAACUUCUUAAAACUCACGAAAUGUCAUUGUUUCAGAGGAAUAAACCAGCAGCUUGUAGGAAAAAUGUCAACACUCCGUAUCUCGGAAAUACGAUUAAAUAAGAAAUUGUCAUUAUUUUUUCACGCAACCCCCUCAAGUCUUUCGCACUUAUUUACUAAAAUUAUGUAUCUAUAUUUAAUUGCUUAUUGAGAUAAGAGCUCUGAUUUUUUCCUGUAGACACCUACAUAAUGUAAUUAAUUAGGUCGGUUUAAGUUCCCACUUUAACUUGUACAUAUUGCCGUUAGUUUUAUUUAUAUUAUUAGGUUGAAUAAAUCUUGUUUUUUUUACAAAUGAAUUAUAAAUAUCUUUCCAUUAACAUUUUUUAUUCAUUUUUAAGGUUAAAAAUGUGAAUGGUGAUAUCAACGAUAACAAAAAUAACAAAAGGAGCACUGGAAUUGCUUUAUUAUCGGCCCUCUAAGCAUUGUACUUCUCCCUCUAACUAUUUUUUAAAUUUUAUUUUAGUACAGGGUGGCCAGCUAAAAUUCUAAAAUGACCGCUAGGGGACGUAAUUGCAAUCUUGAAUCUAAAAAAAGUAAAGCCCUUAUAUAAUUUCAAUAUCGAUAUUUAUAUUAACCUAACAGAAAAAUACUCGGAUCUUUUAAGUAGAGGACAAUUUAAAACUUUUUUGUUCGACAGUUUUUGCUGUAUCUUUGAGAAUAAAGUGCUGGAGGAGUAUUCAAAGGUUUCCGUAAAAAACACCUAGUAUCUUAUAAAUAGCUUUAACACAAUUGUGUGCUUUAAAAAGAGGCAUUUUUGGGCUUUAACUGUUUUAGUAUUCGAAGUUUUGUUAGUUUCAUAUGUCACCGCCAGAGGGCUUUUUUGAACAUUUUUUUUUCAUGAAAAAGUAGUUAAAUGAUACCCAAACAGGCUAGCGGAAAAAACCGCAUCUCGAUAUCUUAUUUCUAACCUUAAAUUUAGGCAAAAUAAAAUUUUGUAAUUUAAGCCAAAUAAAAUACGAAUGUUUAAAUUAAU